AAAAAGAAAAAAAGGGAAAGAAAAGCGACUCACCAGGAGCAGCCAAGCAGCACCAGAGCCGACACGGCUGUUACGUGCCGAAGCGAGUCGGGGACUUUUCCCUUCGUAAUUAGAUUUUACACAUGAAUAAAGGUUCAUUUUUACUUUCCGCGUUGAAAGUGUCUCGGACCUGGCACGACGGAACGGUGCGGUCAUUAGCUUAAAGAAAGCGAACCACCAGAACCGCUUUAGCUAGUCUUCACUCAGUACUAGAUUCGGUUUACGUAAAAAAACAUUUCGGGUGCAAAUGCUUCUCUAAAACAUCGGGAACUAUCAACACAAGAUGGACUUCCGGUUAUUGUUAAUAGCCUCAUUAUCAGCUGUUCUGGGUGGCGGCUGGGCGCAGCAAGAGGGAAGCGUAUGCAUCAAAGCAAACACGCAGUCAUGCGGGGAAUGCAUCCAGGUCGCCGAGUCAUGUGGAUGGUGCUCAGAUGCAGAUUUUCUCACUGUGGGUGAGUCCAAGUCGGCCCGCUGUGAUGACCUGGAGUCGCUGAAGAAGAGAAAUUGUGCAAACAUUGAGAACCCACGGGGAAGCAUCACCAUCGACAAGAACAAGGAAGUGACCAACCGCAAGGAUAAGACUGAGAAGCUGAAGCCUGAGCAGAUCACCCAGAUCCAGCCACAGAAACUCUCCCUGACACUCAGAUCUGGUGAGCCCCAGACCUUCAAGCUGAAGUUCAAGCGUGCUGAGGACUACCCCAUCGACCUCUAUUACCUUAUGGACCUCUCCUUCUCUAUGAAAGAUGAUUUGGAAAAUGUCAAGAACCUUGGUACUGACCUGAUGAGGGAAAUGAGGGAGAUCACCUCAGAUUUUAGGAUCGGAUUCGGCUCUUUUGUGGAGAAGACAGUCAUGCCUUACAUCAGCACCACACCAGCCAGACUCAUCAACCCCUGCACAGGGAACCAGAACUGUACCAGUCCCUUCAGCUACAAGAAUGUUCUGAAGCUGACCAACAACGGAGAUGAGUUCAACAAGCUGGUCAGUCAGCAGCAGAUCUCAGGAAACCUGGACUCACCGGAGGGAGGCUUCGAUGCCAUCAUGCAAGUGGCUGUGUGUGAGGAGCACAUAGGCUGGAGAAACGUGACUCGUCUGCUGGUGUUUUCCACCGAUGCUGGUUUCCACUUCGCUGGCGACGGUAAACUGGGCGGCAUCGUCCUCCCCAACGAUGGCAGGUGUCACCUGGAGAACAACAUGUACACCAUGAGCCACUACUAUGACUACCCUUCCAUUGCUCAUCUGGUGCAGAAACUCAGUGACCACAACAUCCAGACCAUCUUUGCCGUAACUGAGGAAUUCCAACCUGUUUACAAGGAGUUGAAAAAUCUCAUUCCCAAGUCAGCUGUCGGUACACUGUCCUCCAACUCCAGCAAUGUGAUCAAACUCAUUAUUGAUGCUUACAAUUCUUUGUCAUCUGAGGUUAUUCUGGAACACACCAGGCUGCCAGAGGGCGUGUCCAUCGCCUUCAAGUCUAUCUGUAAGAACGGUGUGGAGGGACCAGAGGAGAAUGGCAGGAAAUGCUCCAACAUCUCCAUCGGAGAUGAGGUGUCUUUUGUGAUUUCCAUCGAAUCCCAGAAGUGUCCAGCACACGGUAAAUCGGAGACAAUUAAAAUUAAACCUCUGGGCUUCACCGAGGAGGUGGAGGUAGUACUGAACUUCAUCUGUGACUGUGAGUGCGCCGCACACGGAGAAACCAACAGUAAAAUAUGCAACCUGGGCCACGGGACCUACGAGUGUGGAGCUUGCAAGUGUAAUGAGGGGCGUAUUGGACGACUCUGUGAGUGCAGCAAAGACGAAGUCCGAACAGAGGACCUGGACGCCAACUGCAGGAAGGACAACGGUACAGAUAUCUGCAGCAACAACGGUGACUGCGUCUGUGGCACCUGCGAGUGCAAGAAGCGGGACAAUACAGCAGAGCUUUACAGUGGGAAAUACUGCGAGUGUGACAACUUCAACUGUGACCGCUCCAACAACAAGCUCUGCGGAGGACACGGGCGCUGUGUUUGCAGGAAGUGCGUCUGUGACGCCAACUACACAGGCAGUGCCUGCGACUGCUCCCUGGAUACCUCCACCUGCCUCGCCAAGAACGGGCAGAUCUGUAACGGCCGUGGUACUUGUGAAUGUGGAAUCUGCAAAUGUACCAACCCCAAAUUCCAGGGUCCAACUUGUGAAAUCUGUCCCACCUGCCCUGGCGUCUGCACUGAGCACAAAGACUGUGUGCAGUGCCGAGCAUUUGAGGCCGGUGAGAAGAAGGACACAUGCGAGCGGGACUGCAGCUACUUCCAGCUGAUCAAGGUGAAGGAUCGCGACAAGCUGCCCCAGCCCACAGACCAGAGUUUCCCACUGACUCACUGCAAAGAGCGAGACGCCAACGACUGCUGGUUCUACUACACCUACGCCAUCAGGAAUGACACCAAGGAGGUCUACGUGGUGGAGAACUUGGAAUGCCCUGCAGGACCUGACAUCAUCCCUAUCGUGGCAGGAGUGGUAGCAGGCAUCGUUCUGAUCGGCCUCGCUCUCCUGCUCAUCUGGAAACUGCUCAUGAUCAUCCACGACCGCAGAGAGUUUGCCAAGUUUGAGAAGGAGAAGAUGAACGCAAAGUGGGACACGGGUGAGAAUCCAAUCUACAAAAGUGCUGUAACAACUGUCGUCAACCCAAAGUACGAGGGCAAAUGAUGGAGCUUUGCCUUCUUUGUGACAACACUGUAUGGAAAAGAGAGAGGGGGCUUGGGUGAAAGGGAGGGGCGGGUUUUCUAUUGUUCUCACUGUUGAUGUUUGUUUGUUUUUUUGUUGUAGCCACCAAAUGAUAGCAAAGCAUUUUGCCACUAUUUCAGUGUGUUGUACUAACUUGGUUUUAUUUUCUAUGCAUCGCUUGAAUGUGUACAGUCUGUGUAAAUGUGGGGUUUUGUAUUUUUUUUAUUUGUUUUAUUUUAUGCCUCUGCGGAACUUGAGAGAAAAGUGUUGUGAACUGAUCCUAGUUUUUUUGUCUUUUUCCUGCCACGGGACUGGCAAAGUAACGAAAAAGCCCAAGUGUGCCUUUUUCAUAGAACAGUGAAGCCAUCAGUGUUUAAUUGAGGGUUUAAUUUGAUUUUGAUGAUGGGCAACAAAUGAAGUGUUCCUUUUCCAACGAAUCAUGCAUACAACAUUUACGGCAAUCAAGUCACUGACUCAAAACCUCAAGUGAGCAAACCUGUUCAGACUGAUUUGUCAUCCGAGAGGAGGUUCCAAUCAUGUGACUGAGUCGAUGUUGCUCCCUUUUUAUGGCGCUUUUCCAUUCAACAGUUCUAGCACUACUCUGUUCGGUUUUGGUAUCAGGCACGUUGUUUUCCAUGACUUCAUAGUACCUCCUCAAUGUGGGUUGCCGCAACGUCGUUUUGGGUGGCUCCGUCCAGCUCUCCCAGGAUCCUCUUGUCAGCCACAAACACCCGAAACAUCGACGGACCGCAGUGUAUUUUUGUGGACAGCAGCCAUGUAUGCUCGCUGUAACACUCUUACUUUUUGGGUUUGAUUCUUUGGAACCUUGCCAGGGAAGGUACCAAAUAAAGCUCCAGGUACCAGGUACUAUAACUAAUGGAAAAGCAGAAAAAGCAUCGACAGUCGAGUCAAGUAGUGCUAGAACUGUGUAAUGGAGAAGCGCCAUUUGUUGGACUCUUCAGAUGGAGUGCCAGUAGGCCGUGUGUGGCAGCCAUGAAUUGUGUACAGUAUGUUUUGGGUUCUGUGUAAAGCCAUAUAUGUAUUCACAGAACCAGGUCGAAGAGUGUUAGUGUUUUUUCUAAAAUCCUGAACAAUCAAUUUUAUGGUCUUUUAUCUAUAAGAUAUUUUCUUGGGUUGCCUUUCUGGGUGAAAGGACAUCAGUGUACAGUAGUUUUAACUGUUUGGCUCCGGGUUUUUACUUUACUUAAUUUAAAAGCCAACUCAGGUCCUUAAUUCUUCACAGCAAUGCCAAAUACGCAGAAUAUGCCUUCAUUUUGUUUUGCUAACUAAAUUUGCUUAUAUUAAAAUGCCUUAUUUUACUAAGCUCCCAGUUUUAAUGUCAGUUAUUCCUACCAGCCAUUUGUUGGUGCCUCGAUCAAAUGUUUUUUAUUGAACAUGAACCAAUAGUAAAAUGUCACUUAGAUUUAAAGAUUAGUGCUAAGGGAAUUAAAAAUAGGUUACCCCUGUCACCAUUGUUUUUAAGUGCCUUUUUAAUUUCUACAACACAGUCACAUUUGCAAUUCUGUACUUUUGAAAUUAUUUAUUGAAUAAACAUUCAAAACCA